AUGGGGAUGCUCAUGCCCACUGCUCUUGCUGCCGGGCUGCUGAGCCUGUUCCAGCAGCAGCUGGACUCCCUCUGGAGUGGACUGGCCAUCCUGUUCUGCUGGUUUAGACUAGCACUGAAAUGGCUAGGUUCUGGAAGGGGACAACCACAGCCACAGGUCCAGACCAUGCCCGAGGAGACCCCGGAAGAACCAAACGAUUCUCAGCCUACAGUCCCCGUUAGCGUCAACUACCACUUCACCCGUCAGUGCAAUUACAAGUGCGGGUUCUGCUUCCACACAGCCAAGACAUCCUUCGUGCUGCCCCUGGAGGAGGCCAAGCGAGGGCUGCUUCUGCUCAAACAGGCUGGUAUGGAGAAGAUCAACUUUUCAGGAGGAGAACCCUUUCUGCAGGACAGGGGUGAAUAUGUGGGUAAGCUCGUGAGAUUCUGCAAGGAGGAGCUGGCCCUGCCCUCUGUGAGCAUCGUGAGCAAUGGCAGCCUCAUCCGCGAGAAGUGGUUCAGGGACUAUGGUGACUAUCUGGACAUUCUUGCCAUCUCCUGUGACAGCUUCAAUGAGGACGUUAAUGUUCUCAUUGGCCGGGGUCAGGGGAAAAAGAACCACGUGGAAAACCUUCAAAAACUGAGGAAUUGGUGCCGAGACUACAAGGUGGCUUUCAAGAUCAACUCUGUCAUCAAUCGCUUCAAUGUUGAUGAAGACAUGAACAAACACAUCAAGGCCCUGAACCCUGUCCGCUGGAAGGUCUUCCAGUGCCUCCUAAUUGAGGGAGAGAACUCUGGAGAAGCUGCCCUGAGGGAAGCAGAACGAUUUCUUAUAAGCAAUGAAGAAUUUGAAGCAUUCUUAGAGCGUCACCAAGAGGUGUCCUGUUUGGUGCCGGAAUCUAACCAGAAGAUGAAAGACUCCUACCUUAUUCUGGAUGAAUAUAUGCGCUUCCUGAACUGUACUGGUGGCCGGAAGGACCCUUCCAAGUCCAUCCUAGAUGUCGGGGUGGAAGAAGCGAUAAAAUUCAGUGGAUUUGAUGAGAAGAUGUUCCUGAAGCGGGGAGGCAAGUAUGUAUGGAGCAAGGCUGACCUGAAGCUGGACUGGUGAACCUGAGACAAGAAGGAUACUCUGACCAGCUACGCGGAUCUCCACGUGAAGCUGUCCACCACCCGAGGUUCUUGCUCUCUAUCCAGAGAUGAAAACAUGACUCUCGGUUGUACAUCCUCUGGCUGUCUGUAGAUUAUCAUUACUGAGAAUGUGGACUGUAUGUUUGUUUUAGUUUGACUGAACUAAGAAGAAAGGGGUAAAACCACGCGAUGAUAGCUUAUAAAACAGAUAAUCUGCCUGUGUGCAGGGAUAGAGUUCAGUUCCCAGAAGAGCGAGGUGCACUGGUCCCAAAAACCAACCUAUUUAACUUGUGUUUGAAUUUUUGUGGACUUUUACUGUGAAUCCCUUGUUUCCUUUCUCCUCCUCCUCACUUGAGAUGGUGAGUUAUUUUCUGCUAAAUAUGCCAGUUUUAUUUACCAGGAAACAUCACAAAAUAUGUCCUCCAGUGACUAUUUAACGGCUUUUCUGCUUUGGAAUGUUGGACUUUUUACUCAGAAGUAUAGGAAGAGUAGAAGGUCAUCUUCUAAGUCUGGAAAAGCAGCAAGGGCUGUGUUGGCGCAUUCCAUAAAAGUCAUGGAAGCAAGGCCAGGAAGGACUCUGUCGGAAGUAUGGAGUGUGGUCCGCUUGGUGUAAAAGAGCCUGUGGCUCCAUGGAAAAUUUUCCCAAGGAAGCCUGAAUGAGACCCAAUCUAGGUCAACGUGAGAUGCACCAGAUGCUUCUCCGCACCAAAAAAACCAGGAAAGACGAUGAGACUGGGUCAAAUACUCUUCCUGUGGAAGCAUCGCGUGACUUGCCAGACCAGAACUGCAUCUCACCGUUUGCAAAAUAACAAUUUCCUAUCAAAGAGCAAAAAUAGUUGAAAGUUUUCUGUUGCCGAUGAAUUUUAACGUCUCUGAAAUUCUUCUGCGGCCGCUAGAGGGCGCUGAGAUGUCAAACUUUAUUCGGCAUCUCAGAAAUUUUGCUUCAGAGUUUACUUUUGGAACUUGGUGAAUUUUGGUUCUGUUUCUUCAGUGUGUGUGUGUGUGUGUGUGUGUGUGUGUGUGUGUGUUUGGAUAAAUACUAAGAAUUUGAUAAGGAACUGGAUUUGUAAGUAUUUUCUCACAAAAGAUGUUUAUACUUCAGUAAGGUCACCAUAAUUCAACAAAGACACUUUGUCUCACCCAAAAUAGGUCAGGAGCUCUGUAUUUCCUGUUUUGUUUGUUUGUGUGCUUAGUGACUGCCUUUUUUUCCCUUGAAGUUGGGUAUAACUAUGUAGCCCAGGCUGUCCUGGAAACCAUACUCUCCCUGCCCUAACUUCCCCCAUUCUAGGGAUUACAUUUGUAUAUCACCCAACUCCUAUCGAGAUAUUUUAAAGAGAAAACUGAGUCACGUUUUUCCUGUAGAUUUUGAUAUUUUUAUUAGUUAUGUUCGGUGUACUCAGUUUACCUGGGAAAGCCCAAAGGACAGGGGCAGAUUCCCACUUGGUCAUGUGACAGGAAGCAAAUUGGAGCUGAAGCCCCAUCUUACAUCUUGGAGUUCGUUUUCUUCUAGCUGAGUGAACCUGCAUGGCUCCUUCCCCUUAAAUACUUAAAAAUAUCCCUCCUUCAAGGGAAUAAUUGUGAUAUUUUAUCAUCACAGUAAAAAUCAAGCUCAGAUUAUAUCAUUAAAUUGGUUUCCCUUCUCAGUUUUAAAUCUGGGUGUUCAUUUGUGAAACAGCACUCUUCACCAGGAAAGCAGAGCCUUAUUUAGUUGUCAUUUGCUAAGUGUUGCAGGCAGUGGUGUCAGAUGACCGAUUGACUCAGGGUGGUGAUGCUGGGGAAGGCGAUUUGCUGAAGAACUUUGGAGGGUAGAACACCCCACACUGAUUUUAAAGUCCUCAGUGUUUCUGUUAUAUAGUGUUAAAUGACAAAAUCAUGGGCUGUUCAUUUUUAUACUGAAAACUGUAGGAUGCUAUCUGGGAAAAAAUGGGCUCGGGUUUGAAUUGAAUUGGAUUUUGGGAGGUCUAAUUGUUGCAUAGAUAAACAGCCAAACCAUCGAACCCAGGAGCACUUGGUUCCUUCCAGCAAUAAUUCAGCUCGUGUCCUACCCUCUUGAUGAACUGAUAUUGUUUAAUAAGCUCUUUUUAAGACAAAGAACAAUGAUGUGGGUGAUCACAUAUCAUCUGAGUGUGUUCAGAUGAGGUUUAGUGUUGGGGGGGUAUAUGUAUAUGUAUUCUUCUGUAGGAUUUUACUGUAUGCGGUAACAUGUUUGUUGUAAUAAAAUG